GUUGUUGCUGUCUAUGACAUUAAAAAUCUUGAUAUGGCGACGGUGGUGUGACAUUCGGGUGAUGUGGACCCACAUCAUGAGCUGGGGAACAAAGGUCUCUCUUCCUGGUGACUCGUCGUUAGCAUAGACCAUCUUUAAGAUGUGUAAGCUGCGAGAUUAGCCUGGGAAAAUACCUGCUAGGAAUCUGGACUGGCGAGCGAGUCGCGCUUUUGACCGGUGGAUGUCACACCUCUUGUGUAAAGGUCAACAACCCGACCAACAACCUACCGGCCGCGGCUUUCCUCUGCGACACGCCGAGUUCUGACUCACGACUAUGUGUUUUUGUUGAGGUUUAUUUGCGUCCUUCAGCAACAGGUCUCUCUCUACUGCACCAUGGCGGAGAACGGAGCCGCCGAGCCUGCGGUGGACGGGCAGACAACGCGCCGGCCCCGCCUGGGGAGCAUGAGCCGGCCGCCAUUUCCCUGGUUUGGAAUGGACAUAGGAGGAACUCUGGCCAAGUUGGUGUACUUCGAGCCCACAGACAUUACGCCUGACGAAGCCGAGGCAGAACGAGACAGUCUGAAGUCCAUCCGCAAAUAUCUCACCUCCAAUGUGGCGUACGGCAAGGAGGGGAUUCGGGACACUCAUCUGGAGAUGAAGAACUUGGCCCUGUGUGGUCGGAGGGGAAACCUGCACUUCAUCCGCUUCCCCACGACAGGGAUGGAGCGUUUCCUCCACAUGGGCCACGAGAAACACUUCUCCAGUCUCCACACAACCUUCUGUGCCACGGGAGGAGGGGCCUAUCGCUUUGAGGAGGACUUUCUGCAAAUUGCAGGUUUGCAGUUGAACAAGCUUGAUGAGCUGGAUUGUCUGAUCCAUGGUAUCCACUACAUAGAUUCCAAUAAAUUCAACGGCAGCUCAGAGUGUUAUUGGUAUAAGAACCCUACAAGAGAGGAUUUGUGCGAGAAGAUGCCAUUUGACUUCCGUAACCCAUAUCCCUACAUCGUGGUGAACAUAGGGUCAGGGGUCAGUAUCCUUGCUGUGUAUUCGCAGGACGACUACAAGAGAAUUAGUGGAACCAGCCUUGGUGGUGGAACAUUCCUUGGCCUGUGUUGCCUGCUCACAGGCUGUGACACAUUUGAGGAUGCGAUAGAAAUGGCUGCAAACGGGAACAGUAAUAAUGUGGAUAAGUUGGUCAAGGAUAUCUACGGUGGUGACUACACGCGCUUUGCACUCUCUGGAGACACUGUUGCAUCAAGUUUUGGCAACAUGCACAUCAAGGAGAAGAGGGAAGCUGCCAGUAAGGAGGACCUGGCACGAGCGACACUGGUCACCAUCACCAACAACAUUGGCUCCAUAGCCCGCAUGUGUGCCCUCACUGAGAAAAUUGAACGUGUGGUGUUUGUUGGGAACUUCUUGCGAGUGAACCCCAUCUCCAUGAAGCUUCUGGCUGAUGCCAUGGACUUCUGGUCAAGCGGACAACUCAAGGCACUCUUUCUGGAACAUGAGGGUUACUUUGGAGCUGUAGGUGCACUGCUACAACUCACCAAGACCUCUCCAUUUGAUCUACCUAUCGACCAAUGAACACGUCCUAGUGAAUCAUCACAACACUGCCAACACACCGGGACCAGUCUUAACCUCUGCAGCUGUACGACUUGUUCACAGCACACAUUCUCUGCUCUGUAACGUGCCAACAUUCACCUGUGGAAAAAUACACUACAUGUACCAGACUGUGGUUAGAUUUCUCUGCUGUUAUUGGAUAUCAUCAGAGUUGUUUAUUCACAAAACAGAACUACCUAAUAAUAUGUAUAAACUGAAACAACAAGAACUGCAAUUUGUGUGGCCAAAUUACAGGUAUGUAUUAGUCAAUAACAAUACCAAACAAUAAAAUCAAGGAGGCCAUGCAACAAUUGUUAAAACUAUAGUUCAAUGUACAUCAGAAUCUUUUUUAGCAUGCUAAAAGUGCAAAUCUGUUAUCUGUUUUUAGAUAUAAACACAUGUUACCUACAACAAAUCCACCUUGAUUUUAUUCCAUUUGUUGAAAGUUGCUGAUGUAGUGACCAAUAUAGAUUGUAGAGAAACCUGAAAAUCAUUUGAGGAAGUAAGUGAUGUACUCCCACAAUUUGAACAUUCAGUGCAUUCAAAAUAAUUGUCAAUGAGUAAAUUGUAAAUAAGCAAUGUAGUUGGAAGGUACAUGUACUUCAUACUAUUAGAUAUCAAUAGAAGCUAAGCACAUAGAUAAGACUCUUCCAUUAUUCCUUUGGGGAUGAGGGGGUCACUUUGGGAACAUUUUUUAACAAAAGGUAGAAACAGCUAGAUUGUGAUCGAUGUUCAACACCAUUCUGUUGUUAUUGGUUGCUUAGCACCUGUCAAGUUUCCCUACUAAUUAUGCUCUAUACCUAUUAACAUGAGAGUCCAUCUGUGUUGGUAGUUACCACACAUUUGUUCCAACACAAAGACUUGUUCUCACCUAGAGCUUUUGACCAGAUACCAUUGACCCAGUGUUGACAUCUUUUUCAGAGAAACCACCGAGAAGUCUCACUGGGUCAGUCUAUUGAAGACGACCAGAGGGACUGGUUGAAAGGUCUAAGUGAGAACAAUUCUUUGUGAUGGAACAAAAGUUUUAACUUAGACAGCUCUUCUGAAUGGUAUCAUAAACAGUAUCUUUCUUUAAAACAUAAGGGACUACCAUUAAAACAUUGGAAAUGCAAACUAACUGAGUAUAGAGCUGGCAUGAAAAAGCACAAGGAACGGGGGACUUGAUAGGUUUGCAAUAAGUGUCUAAUUAGAAUAGAUGUGGCUUCGAUCACCUUUUUAAAAACACUAUACUCUGCAUGUUGUACAGAGAUGGUACUUGAUUUGGGUAGGUUUGAAGUUGAACAUUCCCAAACUGAAAUCACUUGCAUGUUUCAAAAUAUGUGUCUCUGCAUCAACUUAAAAUGUUUUCAAAGAUGCUUUUAUACUGUAUCUGGCAGUCAUAGUUCUGAGACCAAUGUCGUAAUUAUCAUGUCUAGUAAUACCGGUAAGAGGGUUUUUCUUUUUUGGUUGCUUCCAGUUGAUGGAAGAAGUUUCUUACCAGUAUCAGGUUAUUAAGUACAUUUAUGGAGACACUGGGUGCAGAUCAGGAUGAUGGACAGUCAUGUUGUAAAUAAUUGUGAAUUCGAAGAGAUUAAUAUGUGUUAAUUUAUUACCAGUAGGAAUGUACAAAACAUAUUGUUCAAUGAGUCUCUGAAGUCUUCUACCUUCAUCAGAAACUUGGCAAUUCAUGUGGACUGGAGUUAUGCUUGAAUGAUGAAAGCUGAUACAUUUAUCUGUAUUUACAUUUUGUACUGACAUUACACGGGACAUGAACUUUUGUACUGACAUUACACUACACCUGAACAGGGAACAGAUCGUGCAGUUGUUGAAAAUGUUGAAAACCUUGUUUGAUUUGAUACCUACAGUGUGUGAUGUGAUAUGGAUGUUAGGUGGGACACAGAGAGUAUAAUUUCUCGGACUGUGUAUCCCAUUUGAACAAGUCUCAACCACAGGUAGACACUUAACACAUUUUGUUUGGAAUUGUUUUGAACCCUAGUGACCCAACAGACAUUGUUUGUUUUCAACUUUUGUAGCCUGGAGUUUUUCCAGAUGGAGAAGUGGUUUUAUUUGGACAGUUUAUAAGUCUUUUUUGUCAGUUGUUGCUUUCUGUCUGAUUUUGAUUUGAAUUUAAGUAGAAAAAAAAUUAAGCUUACUGCAACUGUCCCAUUGCACCUGGGGCUACCAAAUUACUCAGAACAGUACCAAUUGUUAAAGUAGCCUAGAGCUGAUUAAAAAAAGGCUCGAAUAAAAAAGCACAAUGGGCACAAAUUUAACACAUCAGUUGGUGACCAAUAGUAUAUACACAUGGGUUACUACCUAGCAAAUGCAUAUUAAAUGGAUGAUUCCCAAAGUCUUUCAUAUUGUAAUCAUAUUUGCAUGGUACAGAGGAGAAUUUUCCUUUUAUCAUUAAAGCCCUUGGUAUAA